AUGGGUGGGGCUGUGGACCCGAGGGAGUGCGAGAAAGCAGGCAGCAAGUGCCCCCCUCAGGCUCAGUGUCUGAAGGUCAGAAGCAACUUCACCUGUGUGUGCCGCAUGGGUUUCCAGGGUGAUGGCCUGCUGUGCAAUGACAUCGAUGAAUGUCGCAGUGGCCUACACGGCUGUCACUCGCAGGCCCUCUGCAAUAACACCCUGGGCAGCUACAGCUGUGUGUGCCUCGAAGGAUAUGUUGGAGAUGGCACCAACUGUCAGGACAUUGACGAGUGCCAAAAAGAAAAUGGGGGCUGCCAUGCCAGCGCCAUCUGUACUAACUAUGAGGGUGGGCGACAGUGCCAGUGUAAAGUCGGCUUCAGGGGCAGCGGCUUCAAGUGUGAAGAUGUUAACGAAUGUGCUAACCAAAGGAUCUGUCACUGGAACGCCACCUGCACCAACAACCCUGGCUCCUAUGCAUGUACCUGUAACGCUGGCUAUAAGGGAAAUGGAAACUACCUGUGUCUUGACAUAGACGAAUGUUCAGAGACUCCUCAUGUAUGUUCUUCAUCACUUGGCUACAAAGGCUGUAAAAAUUUGCCUGGCACCUACCGCUGCACAUGCAGCACUGGCUUUGAAAGUAACGGGCAGAGCUGUGUGGACAUAGACGAAUGUGCAAGAAACAUCUGCAGUCUAUUUGCAGAUUGCGUUAACACCAUGGGGUCAUACAAGUGUACCUGCAAUCCUGGUUUUGACGGCAAUGGACUAACCUGUGCGGAUAUAAAUGAAUGCAAUGUGAACAAUCAGUGCGACCCCAGCGCUACUUGUAUCAACAGACUCGGAGGUUAUGAGUGCUCCUGUUUGGGAGGUUUUAUAGGAGAUGGUCGAGUGUGUGAAGAUGUUAAUGAGUGUGCAACCCCGAAUAUCUGCCCUUCUACCACUACCUGCGUCAACACUGGGGGGUCAUAUUACUGCGACUGUGGCAUCGGCUUCAUCUUCAGCAACUCCACAUGUCAUGACCAGGAUGAGUGCACAGAAGGGCGUUGCAGCCCCUAUGCAAUCUGCACAAAUACACCUGGCUCCUUCUCUUGUCAGUGUGCAUCAGGGUACAGGGGGGACGGCUUUACUUGUGUGGAUGUGGAUGAGUGCUCGUUGGCUAAGCAGUGUCACAGAGAUGCUCUUUGCAUUAACCUUCCUGGUUCUUACAACUGCACCUGUCAGGUGGGUUAUUCUGGAGAUGGGGUGAUCCGGUGCAAUGAUGUGAACGAGUGUCUGGUGGAUAAUGGAGGUUGCAGGAACAAAGCUACAUGUGUCAACGACCAGGGUUCCUUUUCUUGCCUGUGCCAGCCAGGCUUCAUCUUGAUUAAUCAGACACUUUGUCAGGAUAUAGAUGAGUGUAAGGAACCAAAAAAUCCAUGUGGAGUGAAUGAAGAAUGCAAGAACAUCGACGGGUCAUAUGAGUGCCCCUGCCGGGGUGGUUAUUACCGCCCUGCCAGCAACAUGGACUGCGUCGAUAUGGACGAGUGUAAAGACGACCCGUGUCAUGUCAAUGCCACAUGCCUCAACACCAUAGGGUCCCACACUUGCACCUGCAAACGAGGUUUUUCAGCAAAUGGCACUCAGUGUGAAGACAUAGAUGAGUGUUCUGGGGAGGGUACAUGCCACCCACGAGCACUGUGCACCAACUUCAUAGGGGACUUCUUUUGCUCCUGUCAGCAGGGUUUCAAAGGUGAUGGUUUCUCCUGUCAGGAUGUGGAUGAGUGCAGCCUCUCUAAUACCACUUGCCCAGCCUUCUCAGAGUGUAUCAACUCCCCUGGAGCUCAUGUCUGUUCAUGUUUAAAUGGUACAGUGGCCUUUAAUGACACCUGUGUGCCACCAAGUCCAUUGUGUGACCCUGCCUGCCACACUCAUGGCCUGUGCCACCAAUCACCUGCUGGAUACCAGUGUGUGUGUGACCUGGGUUACAUGGGUGACGGGCUGACUUGCUCUGACAUAGAUGAGUGCCAGAGGGAAAACAUUUGUCCUCAAAAUAAUACGGAGUGUAUGAAUGUCCCAGGAUCGUUUUCCUGUGUCUGCAAAAAAGGCUACACUCUCAAUGGAACACAGUGUGUUGAUGUCAACGAGUGUGAGACAGGGCAGCACGAGUGCAGUGAGUUUGCCCAGUGUAUCAACAACAAGGGCAGCCAUUCCUGCUUCUGUCUCAGUGGCUUCACAGGUGACGGGAAAAACUGCUCUGAAAGCAGCCUGUACCCCUUUGGAGCAGAGGUGGGUGAUACAGACAUAAAGAUGGACACAAAAGAUGGAAAUUCCCCAUUCAUCACACUACCAAUGCGUUUCCCCUUCCUGGAAAAGUCAUACGCCAGGAUUUAUUUUUCUGACAAUGGCCUUGUCCAGUUUCAAUCUGUGGCUGAGAAUGAGCAGUACCUGCUCCCAGCUCCUUCAGCAAGUGGCUUCCCCGACAACAUGAAAGUGUCUCUACUGGCGGUGUUUUGGGACGAUGCUGACCUCACCCAUGGGGACGGACGGCUGCUCUAUCAGGAAUACCAUGAGCUAGAUAUGUCAGAUGUCUACUCUCAGAUAGUUUUUAACCGUACGGCAGAGGAAGUGACAAAGUUUGAGGAGCAGAGAGGCAAGCCAGCCUUCACCCCUGCCUGGAUCCUCAAGAUCACCUGGGACCAUGUGAUGCCCGUCUCCUACCAGAAGAUCAACUACUCAGAGACGAACACAUUCCAGGGUAUCCUGACCACCGACGGAGCACGCUCCUUUGCCCUCCUGCGAUACGGGGAGAUGCUCUGGGGUCCUGGCCAGAGGCAAUACCAUGACGCUCUCAUCGGCUACACAGAUGGAAAAUUCUCCCACAAGGAGCCCACUGUACCCCCAGAUAACCUUUUCGGGCCUGGGGGCAGAUACAGGCCGCAGCAGGUGAAAGGGGUCAUGGGGAAGUUAGGUCAGCAGGUGUAUGAUUUGACAGGGCCUCCCGGGUCAGACGUGGAUUUCAGUAUCAGGUGCCAGUCGUGGGCGAUGAAGGAGCCUGACCCUGUUAAAUGGACGAACAAGUUGUCUUCGUGUCCCUGUACUCGCACACAGGCUCUAGAGGACCUGUCGUUCAUGCAGGAUACUGCUGAUCCGGGCUCGAGGGUGAAGACACUGAGGGGUCAGCGGUGGGGGGGCGGAGGGGGGCACGUCUUCCAGUCCAUCCUGUCCAGCAGAGAUGGUUCAGGGAAGAGGUGUGUGUAUGAACCAGAUGGUCCCCUGCUGGCUGGGUACAAUGAACGCUACUUUUCUGGACACAGCAUGCAGAAACAUAUUGAUGGUGAUCUUCUGCCAUUUCAGUGGUGUUGUAUCGAGUCUCCUCUCUGCCACCUUUACCUCAACAAGAGACCACUGGACCGUUGCCAAGGUUACAGCUGGGCCAGCCCUGGCAGCUGCACUCCGGCCAGGAAGGCGACGCAGGGUGUAGCGAUGAUGUACGGCAGCCUCCAUUUCAUCACCUUCGAUGGGUCGGAGUACUCCUUCAAGGCCCUGGGAGAGUUUGUGAUAUUGCGUCUCUCCUCCAGCACCGGCUCUAAUAUCUUCACCCUGCAAGGACAGACUGACAAGCUACACACAGACGCAAAGGGGAUCACUGAGUUCCCAGUGGUGGUGCGCAUGGCUGCCUUCCACCAGGGCAUUGGCAAGAUUGAGUGGAGAUGUGCAGCGAAAGGAGAUGGAUUGCAUAUUUUUGUGGAUGAUGUUGAGGUCCCGGUCACUGUUGGUGUGGUGCACGUAGGUGAGAAGGACUUCGCUGUGCGCUGUAUGUCGGUGAGUCGCUGCGCAGCAAUUUACGAUGGCGGUCUCCACGUGAUGGCGUGGCGGGUUGCAGGUUACAGUCAGCUGGCAGCCAUGGUGGAGGUUCCUCAGACAUUCUACAACCGCACUGUGGGUCUCAUGGGUCUCUGGAGCUCUAAUCGCACAGACGAUUUCCUGAUGUCGGACGGCAGGCUGCUCCUCUCAACGGACCUCAACCCUCCCUCAGAGGAGAGACUGCACCACUUUGGCUUGUCCUGGGCAGUUCCUGUACCAGAGAGCCUGUUGUUCUCCCCACCUCCACUGGUUCCACUGGAGCCUGCCUCCUCCAAGCAGCUGCUGGAAAGCGUCAGUCCCGCUGAGGUGGAGGAGCUGAGGAGAACCUGUGAAGGCAGCAUGCAGUGCGUCCACGACACCAUAGCAUCCGGCAGCUCUAACCUGGGCCUGCAGACUCGGGACGCCAAGAAGCGAUUCCAAAAUCUGGCUCUGAUCUAUGGUAACAUGCCUCCCAUAGUGACAGAGCCCACAGUGAUCCACUGUAAGGUCAACUCCACUGUCAACAUUCAGAUUGUGGCUCAGGACCCAAACGGAGACCCCAUCACCUACUCGCUGCUCCACCCCAGGCCUGCACGGACUUCCAUAGGCAGCGGUGACGGAUUCCUGACAUGGACCCCCCUGACCACACAGCCUGUCCAGCUGACCAUCAGAGUCAGUGAUGAGCUCACCAGCUCCCUGUUCACCCCCAUCCUGCGUGUCUGCAACUGCCUCAAUGGAGGGACCUGCCAGUAUGACAGCAUAGCUGAAAACCAUCAGCAGGGAAAGUUCCAGGUGGUGGGGUGUCUGUGCCCAAAGGGAUUCAGCGGAAAAUUCUGUGGGAACAUCGCAGACGUAUGUCGUGGCAAACCCUGUUUCCGAGGGGUGCAGUGCCAGUCACAGUCAAAACCCGACCUCUUCACCUGUGGAGAGUGUCCCAAUAAUACUGUCUCUGGGGGAAAACAGGGAUACAAGUGCUUCGAGCAUGACAUGUGCAUCCCUCCUUUCCCCUUCCCCUGCCACAAAGAUGCUGACUGCCUCAGCACGAAACAGAAUUUCACCUGCACGUGUAAGCCUGGCUUUACUGGAGACGGACAAAACUGCACAGAUAUCGAUGAGUGUGCAGAUCUUGAGACCUGUCCCAAUGCCAAGUUUGAGUGUAAGAACAAGCCCGGCUCUGUCGAUUGCUCCUGUAGAUACCAGAAGACCAAGGACACUGAUGGAUGUGGGGACUCUGCCAAUCCUCCAGGGUGUAAUGUGUUCAACGUCUCUGUGGGCUGGACGAAGAACAGAUCUGAUGGACUCAAACAGCUGGUGAAAAUCCUGUCGAUGGGUUUCCAGAACAAAUUCUACAACGCCAGCAUGAAGGAUCCAGUGCAAGGCUCCAGUCCAGGUGUGGCCGAGUAUCGUAUCAACGUAUCCAGUGACACACCCCACUGGUACAUCAGAGAAUACCUGGUCAGAGUCAGCAGCCACUAUGACAUCAGAGCUGUAGAAGUUGAUGAUCUGGAUGAGUGUAAGGCCAAGGAGGCGGUGUGCGUCCAUCCUGCCCUCUGCGCCAACACUUACGGAGGCUACAGAUGUGUUUGCAACGGCACAACUGAUGUGGAUGAAUCCCAGUCGUGUGUAUUAGACAGAGACCAGGCGAAUGAUGUGGAACUAGACCUUGUUCUGGGCCUGGUCCUGGGCAUCGGCAUCCCUCUGCUUUUGUUGCUGCUCCUGGCAGCACUGGCCUGCUUCUGCUGCUGCAAGAAGACUGUUACCGGAGACCUGCCCCCUAUGCAUCCAGACUACAUCCAGGAGCAGUACAACCCUCCGCCCUUCAACUACUCUGACCCUGCCCUGCACUACAUAACCCAUUGCAGCCCAAGGAUCCUUGACAGCUACAUACCCAGGCAACGCUACAGAUAGCACAUCCUAAAACCACACACACAGUGUACGCGUAAAUCACUUAAACAGACACUAAAAAGCUCGCACACCCGCACACAAGAAUGCACAGGCUUACAAACAGAGCACUUUUGGAGCCUCUGUAUAUGUUUUAUAAAGACAAGAUGAAUGACUCUUAUUUAUAUCGAAACAAACAGCUAAUUAAACCUGAGUGACUUUUAAAGUCAAUUAUUUCCAAUCCUCUCUGCUGAGCGAUGGACCUGCCAAGUUUGAGCUGGAAGUUUUUUCGCCAGGACAACAGUUUACAGUCAGAGUCUGACCCAGCAGAACUCAACCAUCUCUUGGCUGGAGAUGGUGAUGAAAAGUAAACCACUGCAGUGGUCUUUAGUUUCCAGCUGAUACUAGGCCAACAGCCUCCUUGAUAGGAACAUUAGCAUCUGCCAGAAUAUCUGGCGUCAGACUCCUGCCCUCUGUUCACAAUCACAUUGAGUCUCGAGUUCGUUCCACUCCAAAAUGUGCAGUAAUGCAUCCAUAUUUGUAUUACUCACAACCACAGAAACAGAGUUGAUUCAAUUUACAUGUUGUUUUGGAAGCACACAAUCCAUUAAAAAGUAGGCGACACUGUUUUAUAAAAGCAUUCAUCCCACUUUGGGAUUACACUAAAUUAUUGUUCAUUGCUGGAUUGUGUUCCACUUAAUUUAACACAGCGGAGUAAUUCAGUGUUUCAACUGGCAGCUGUCGUUUGUAAAGCUGGACUGUCACUGCAAUUUGAAAGAAACAAUGUGUAAAUAUAAUGUAAAUCAA